CCUAACUUUAUGUUUCCUGACCGCAGCUUCAGAUUUUUCGAGUCGACUUACACGCCAUGUCCUUCAAACUCUCGCUCAUUGGCCUGGUAGCCUCGCUACUGGCCAGCAUACCGAUUGUGCACGCUGCUGAGGAAUAUCCUUUACUUCCGACAUGGAAAUGCACGUCUUCGGGAGGCUGCGUACAGCAGAACACGACCGUCGUCCUCGAUAAAGACUCCAAACAGGCUGCCGGUGCUGCAGGAUCUAGAACAGCGGCCGACUACGCUGCUAUGGGAGUUUCGACCUCAGGAAAUGCUCUGACUAUGUAUCACUACGUCAAGACUGACGGGACGCUGAAUGCUGCAUCUCCUCGCGUAUACCUGUUGGGCGAUGACGGGAAGUACGUGCUCAUGAGUCUCCUCAACCAGGAGCUCUCUGUCGAUGUUGACCUCUCCGCCCUUCCCUGCGGAGAGAAUGGCGCCUUUUAUCUAUCAGAGAUGGCAGCAGACGGUGGGACUGGCGGAGCGGGAGGAGGAAAUGGAUAUUGUGAUGCUCAAUGCCAGGGCUACUGCUGCAACGAGAUGGACAUCCUCGAAGCCAACUCGAUGGCGACAGCCAUGACGCCACAUCCAUGCAAAGGCAAUACCUGCGAUAAAAACGGCUGCGGAUAUAAUCCGUAUGCGAGUGGGCAGCAUAAUUAUUGGGGGCCUGGCAAGACGGUGGAUACGAGCAAGGUGUUCACUGUUGUUACGCAGUUCGCGGCUAGCGGGGGCAAGCUGUCGCAAUUGACCCGGAAGUAUAUCCAGAAUGGAAAGCAGAUCGGUGGGGGUGGGACGAUUUCUAGUUGUGGUUCGGAAGGUUCGACUGGUGGUCUGACUGGAAUGGGUCAGGCGUUGGGUCGCGGAAUGGUUCUCGCAAUGAGUAUUUGGAACGAUCCUACGCAACAAAUGGCUUGGCUCGAUGCUGGUACCGAUGGACCUUGUGCCAGUGGACAAGGCAGCCCGUCGAACAUUCAGUCUCAGCAUCCUGACACUCACGUUGUCUUCUCCAACAUUCGAUGGGGCGACAUUGGAUCUACUACUAAGAAUUAG